AAAAAAAGUGGGCGAGGGAGAAGAAAAAAUGAGGGGAAAGGUUGAAAAAUGGCGAUGCAUAUGGAAUUGGAACGAACGGGGGAUACGUUGUGGAUGGGGAUGGAGGCAGCGUGAAUUGCACGAGGGCCCAGACACCGUAGAGGAGCUUCUCGAUAGGCAUCUCGUCAAAAACAAUAAGACGAAAGACGAAGACGAGUUGGAGAAUCGGAGGCGACUCACCAGCACUCGGCGAGAAGCGCUGAGUCUGUACCGAGAGAUUCUUCGGGCCACGCGCUUCUUCACCUGGCCCGAUUCCAGGGGCGUCCUCUGGCGCGACGUACUCAGAGACAACGCUCGAACAGAGUUCGAACAGGCCCGAUUCGAGUCCGACCCGGAAAUCGUGACCCGUUUGCUUAUCGGUGGCCGCGAGGCCCUCCACUCCGCUAUUGAUAAGCUCGCCCAGAAGCACAGGCAACACAUUCACAAGGAUCCUUCCUCUGAUCAACGCUGAUUUAUAAUUAGGGAAAUUAAAUCUUCAGGUUUUGUUGUGCAGGACACUCUGUUCAUGUGGGAUACCCUCAAGCUGCAUAAUGUGCAAUGUAUUCUGCUGUUUGACAUUGUUCUUUCUGAUAGGGCUAUGGCCAAACUAGUGAAAGAGCUAUGUACUUUAUUAGUUUAUUACCUGUAUGGACAUGAACAUAUUGUUCAUGAUCAUCUGGAGGUAUUGGAAAAUGUUUGCUGUCACCCCUUUGGAUGUAAAUACUUAGAGAGAGAAAGAGAGAAAGAGAGAGAGAGAUGAAGUGACAGGAAGAGAUAUGAUAUGCUUCUAAAUCAGAAUU